GUCCUACUGCAUAGGAAUCCUACAUUUCAUCAUGAGACUUCUUCUGCUCCUCUCUGCCUUUGUGGCAGGUGCCUUUGCUGUUGAUACCUUUGUAGGGCACCAGGUCCUUCGGAUCAGUGCAAGUAACGAUGAUCAAAUAUAUCGACUCCAAGCCUUAGAAAGUCUAACUCACCUUGAGCUUGAUUUCUGGACAGAACCAGCCAAGGUUGACAUUCCAGUUGAUGUUCGCGUACCUUUCCACAGUCUUCAGUCUGUAAAGAGUUACCUAGAAUCUCAGAACAUUGAGUACUCCAUCAUGAUCGACGAUUUGCAGGCUGUGCUUGACGCAGAGAAGCAGGAGAUGGAAUUAAAUCAAAUAAAAGAACGCAACUCUGGCACAUUCAACUAUGCUUCAUACCACACUUUGGACAAUCUGUACAGAGGUCUUGAUGCUAUUGUUCUGGAUUUUAAAUCACUGGUCACUAAGCAACAGAUCGGGACCUCUUACGAAGGAAGGCCUGUCUAUGUCCUUAAGUUCAGUACUGGUGCCAGUCGUCCUGCAAUCUGGUUGGAUGCUGGCAUUCACUCUCGUGAAUGGGUUACCCAAGCUAGUGCCCUGUGGAUUGGAUACAAGCUUGCUACAGAUUAUGGAAAGGAUGCAUCCAUUACAUCUCUGCUAAACAAAUUUGAUGUAUUCCUUCUAGUCGUCACAAACCCAGAUGGAUAUGUCUAUUCCCACACUUCAAACCGUAUGUGGCGUAAAACUCGUGCACCUAACAGUGGAAGCAGUUGUGUGGGUGUGGAUCCCAACAGGAACUGGAACGCUGGAUUUGGAGGACCAGGAGCAAGUGCAGAUCCCUGCUCUGAUUCUUACCAUGGGCCCAGCGCUGAGUCUGCAGUGGAAGUGAAAAAUAUUGCUAACUUUGUCAGACAGCAUGGCAAAUUCAAGGGCUUUGUGUCAAUUCAUAGCUACUCACAGUUACUUCUCUUCCCUUACGGUUACAAGUGCACAAACCCAGCUCACUUCACAGAACUGAACACUGUGGGUAAAGCAGCUGCUACCGCUCUGAGCUCUCUCUAUGGUACCCAGUACAAAGUUGGAACCAUCUGUUCCACCAUCUAUCAAGCCAGUGGCGGAAGCAUUGACUGGACCUACGAUAUUGGAAUCAAGUACUCUUUUGCCUUUGAGUUGAGAGACACAGGACGUUAUGGUUUUAUUUUACCAGCAACACAGAUCCUACCAACCGCACAAGAGACUUAUCUUGGCCUGAAAAAGAUCUUGGAGCAUGUACGAGACAACCCCUACUAAAGUGUAUAUAUAUAUAUAUAUAUAUAUAUAUAUAUAUAUAUAUAUCUCAAAGUAAAGAGCCACUCCAUUUAUAACGGAUUACAAUAAAGUACCAAAAGUAUUCGUUAAAA